AUGUUCCUCACAACCGCCAUUGCCGGCUUCAUUCCACUGAAGGUGAACACCAACAUUGUCUUCAGCUUCUGCGAUUUCUCGACAAACGGCAUGGCGAUAACAAGAAGCACGGCAGAUGGCUCUCACUGCUCUCGUGCUUCUCCGGCGGUGUCUUUCAUGGGAACAUGCUUCCUCGAUAUUAUACCACAUAUCAACGAGAACUACGAGGACUUCAAAGUUUUAUCGGGCACCGAUUUCGAGUUUCCGCUACCGCAAUUCUUCACUUGCAUUGGCUUCUUCAUUGUUUACCUAAUCGAGGAAGUGUGCAUCAAGGGUGUUCGCGGAAAAUCGAAGCACGACCACGGUAGUACGGUGGAGGUGGAGAAACCCGCUCAGAAGGACAAUCUCAACCUGAGAAAUACUCAAGCACUUCUUGGUCUGAUGAGCGACGAGGAGCUAAAAGCCGCCGGUUUGCCAACGCACAGCCUUGUUAUGGAAGAAACAGCGAACUAUGCCGUUGCCGAAUCGUCCGAAGCAUCCCUGCUGAAAUCGCUGACGUUCGCCGUCGCCAUGUCGUUCCACUCGAUCCUCGAGGGUUUCGCUCUCGGAGUUCAGAACACAACUGCGUGA